AUGUCAUUUCCUUCUUUACCACUGAAACUCAACCCGGCGCCUAACUUCUUCUCUGAAUACUCCGUUGUCGUGCCAGCCUCCUUAAAAGACGCAUAUGCGACCUUGGGAACCUCGGCUGGUCACGAACGCGUCUGUCGCCUUUUCAAAGGUUGCACCUCGGUCGAUCUGUUGCAUAAAGACGAAAUCGCGCUCCCAAUACCCACGUAUCCGGAUGGAAAACAGCUUGCUGACGUUGCCGUGCGCACAGCCAAAGCCAGUGACGAUGCAGCCAAAGACGAACGUGGCAAUUCCCCUAUAAUAACGCGUCAACACUUCACAAUGGUGGAGACAAUCCCUCUUCUAUUCGGCCUCUUCAACUCGCAGGUCAUGCUCAAAGGAACUAUGUCAUGGGACAACGUUGCACUCACUGCGCUGUCGAAAUCGUCUGAUUCUCCAGAAUCAGGCGUUCCGCCAGCCCAGGAAACCCCCACUCUUUAUGCUCUGUAUGAAACCGUUGGAAAUAUGGGAAUCAUGGUAUGGAAGUUGCGGAUAUUUACUCGCGAUCAGGGUGACCCCUCGAGGACGAAAGUGACGGAAAAAAUUGAAGGAUGGGCACCAGGUUGGAUUCGGCCUGUCGUGCAAAACGAGACUACGAAAGGACACAGAAUCCCCAAACUCGACGCUCAGUUGUUCGAUUCUAAAAGCCCUCACCUUACCUCUGGGGUCAAGAUUGGUAUUGGUUUGUUUAACAGGGACACUGGGGUCGUUGGCAACAACAACAAGCCAAUCAAAGUCAUCGAGUGGACUUUGAUCUUGCACCAUAAAAACUAUCGAUCUUCUUCCCGUACAAUCCACGGCAUCUACAAAUCUCAGCCGGACCCGACCUCCAAAUCUGACGCAGAACGCGCGCAGGACCGCGACGAAUGGGUGUGGAAGUUGCGAGACCCUCAGAAUGCACAGUCCCACACCGAUUUAUCCGAGCCUAUCGGUAUCAUUCACGUCGCCAAUUUUCCAUGGUCGCAUGAACUUCUACAAUCUGCAAUCGAGACCAAAUUCAAAGCUGAAAAGGGUAGCGAUAACCCUGGCAUGGUCUCCAUGUGGUCCUCCAGCGGUUGGACGAUCCGUGUGUUGCAUUACCUGCAAGAGUGGUACGGGACGGACACUGGGUUUCGGCUUCCGUGCAGCACUCGCAGGCUGCACGACCUGAUCAAGGAGAAAGCGACCGCGUUGAAGGCGAUGAAUCAUCGAAACGGGAAAGUGCCCAUUGUCAAUCUUGAUGACUCUGAACCGUAUAAUACUAAACGCAAAGAUAAAACCAAGAAUCGCGGAAAUCGAUCGUGA